AUCUUCAUUUCCACAGUCACUGUUGCCACUGGCACGGGGCAUGGCGAGGCGGAGAGAGAAAGAGAGGUCGGUAUAUUGACUGAGCUUUGCCGGCAACAGCCGUCGUCGUGUGAGGAUGAUAAUCAAUCAAUUUAUCAUCUUUUUUUAAUUCAUGAAUACGCGUUGAACUUUCAGCCAUACCCAAAUCCAAAGGAACCCUCUUUUCUUUCUCAUUAAGUUUAUGAUCCAAUCCACACUCUUCUUAUCUUCAACCCCAUUUCACAGUUCUACAAAAAAACUAUACUUUUUCUUCCCCAUUACUCUUUUUUCAAUUUAUUCUCUGAUUUACAGUCUUCCAGUGUUUAUAUGAUCAUCAAUAUACUCCAAUUUUGUUGGAAAAAUGCUUCCUUUUUUAUAGUUGAUGAUUGUUAGUAUAGUGAUUGAGGGUUCUGAAUUGUCUGUUUGAUUAAAGUUGCUGACUUUGGAACUGGGUCAGUUUGAAAUUUUCAAAGAGAUAUAGUACGCGUGAUUUUUUGAAAUUUUUUUGAUUAUUCCAAGAGUAUGUGUGGAGAAAGUCACUCCUUUUUUUUGGUGACUAGCAUGAACUUCUAUGAAGGUGUAGUUGACAUUGUUAUUGAAUUUUGAUAUUUUAGCUUGAGGGUGGUAGUGAUUGUGGUUAUUGGAGGAUAACAAUAUUGUGUAGUUGAAUAAUAGCUUCUUGGUAGUGAAAAUGGGUUGCAUAGUUUCCAAGAGUUCAGCUGUGAAAGACAGCCGGGAAGGGUUGGCAAAGGAGUUAAACUUGACAUCUUCUAGCAGAAGGACAUAUGAUAUGAAGGUGUCGCGGUCGAGUACCAAGAAAAGGGUUGAGGGAGAUUUGGGAAAAGAUAAGAAAUUUGGUGGUGUUGAUAUGAAAGUUUCAUUGAUUGAAAAGAAUGUCGAUGGUUCAGUGCGGUCGUAUGAUGAUCGGAGUGAGAAGAGGAAGAUGGAGAAACCUGAAUUGACUGUGAUUGGUUAUCCGGGUCUUGGAAGGAUUCCAAAGGCUUCAGAAGGGGAGCAAGUUGCUGCAGGAUGGCCAACUUGGCUCUCUUCUGUUGCUGGUGAAGCUAUCCAGGGGUGGAUACCACGGUGUGCUAAUACUUUUGAGAAGUUCAAUAAAAUUGGCCAAGGAACUUAUAGCACUGUAUAUAAGGCACGUGAUGUGACUCACCAAAAGAUUGUUGCCUUGAAGAAAGUAAUCUUUGAUAAUCUUGAUUCUGAGAGUGUCAAAUUUAUGGCAAGGGAGAUUCUUAUUCUGCGUAGGCUUGACCAUCCCAAUGUAAUAAAGUUGGAGGGCUUGAUAACAUCGCGGACAUCUCGUAGCUUGUACCUUGUUUUUGAAUAUAUGGAACAUGAUCUUACAGGACUUGCAUCAGAUCCUGGCAUUAAGUUUUCUGAACCACAGAUUAAAUGCUACAUGCAGCAGCUUCUUAGUGGAUUGGAUCAUUGUCAUAGUCGUGGUGUCCUCCAUCGGGACAUAAAGGGCUCAAAUCUUCUCAUUGACAAUAAUGGCAUCUUAAAGAUUGCAGAUUUUGGCUUGGCAAAUUUUUUUGAUCCUGAUCAUAGUGUUCCAUUGACCAGCCGUGUAGUAACUCUAUGGUAUAGACCACCAGAACUUUUACUCGGAGCUUCUAAUUAUGGAGUUGCAGUGGACUUGUGGAGCACUGGUUGCAUACUUGGGGAACUAUACUGUGGCAGGCCCAUAUUGCCUGGAAAAACAGAGGUUGAGCAAUUGCAUAGGAUUUUUAAGCUUUGUGGCUCACCAUCUGAUGACUAUUGGCGUAAACUUCGGUCGUCCCAUUCAACAGUAUUCAGGCCUCCACUCCUUUAUAGGCGUUGUGUUGCAGAAACUUUUAAAAAAUAUCCAUCUUCUGCCCUGAGGCUGAUAGAGAUCCUACUUUCUGUUGAUCCUACUCUUCGAGGGACAGCAGCUACAGCUCUGAAGAAUGAGUUCUUUUCAUCGGAACCCCUCGCUUGUGAUCCAUCAACUUUACCAAAAUAUCCUCCCAGCAAAGAGAUCGACACUAAAUUGCGGGAAGAAGCAACCAGAAGGCAAGGAGCUCUUGGGGGAAAGGAGCAAAAAGUUGGACCAGGAGUUAGACAAGAGAAAGAACCUCGGAAGUUUGUCUUGUCCAGUGACAAUGUUGAUUCCCACAUAUUAAUGCAGCAAAGGCAAUGGCUUAUGAACUCAAAGAGCCAGAAUGAAUUCUUCAACCCUCAGAGAGAACCCAUGUCUGGAUUCCUGGUUUAUCCAAACAAGCAGUCAGAAGAUGUUAAAGAAAUGGCAAAUUAUUUCUCUGGGCCUCUUAGUCAGAGGCCUUCACACUCAGGUUCAUUGGUUCCAGGUUCAGGUUGGGACAAUGUUAGAAAAGAAGCUGGUGAGCAGCGGCCUCGUGUUUCAAACAAACUCAACUUAUCAAAAAGUUCAACAGUAUCUGGAUUAGUGCCACGUAGGACUUCGAUGUAUGGAGAUCAAAAAGAAAACCCAGUUCCCUUACGGCCCCGGCAAAUAAUUCAAGCACAAAAACCUUUGGAGUCAACUAAUGGAUCAGAAUCAAGAAGAAGGUUUGAUAAAAAAAGCCAAUCUCAGAUAAUUGAUCUCAGCCAAAGAGAAAAUGGAAAGGUCUCCAUUGAAACAUUGAUUCAGAACGAGCAUGGAUCCAGGGGAAACAAAAUCUAUAUGUCUGGUCCAUUACUUUCAUCAAACAGUACGGAUCAGAUGCUCAGAGAGCGCGAUCGAAAGAUCCAAGAAUAUUCUAGACGAGCGCGAAUUGACAAGUGUAAAGGUGAGAAAGUUGGUCCACAUAAAUAUUAGGAUGAUUAGUGGUCGGUUACAUACUUAUUUCUAUUUAUGAAGCUAGAUACAUUCUUUAUGACAAUUUUUAUCCCUCAACAUUAGAGAGGGGUUGAGGGAGAGGGAGAAGAAGUAUGUGUUCAUGCACCCUCCUCUUGUAAUUAUAUAUAUUGUGUAAAUUCCAGGCUAUUAUAUUAAUUAUUUGCAGUUCAUCUUCA